UCUCUCACUCACCUCUGCAAAUUAGAAAGCCACUCUCUCUCUCUCUCUCUCUCUCUCGCUCGCUCGCUCUUCCAACAAUGUCAAAAGACCGCCUCGUAAAGAGCGUCAAGAAGUUUGCUGAUGUCCAAUACAAGCUCUUCACAGCUCGCUAUGGUCAGCAGCUCAUCGACAUUUUCGAGUUCCCUGUAAAGCUUGUGCUCUCUCCUUUCACUAUCGCCAUUGACGUUGCCGGCUCCGCCCAACGUGGCUUCGGCGUGCCCGAGUUGAUUUCCAAGCUCUCUUACGCCUCAAUAUUUGUAGUAGCUACUCUAGGGACUUAUGACAUAGCGCUAGAGAUGGGAAAGAAGGUGAUAUGCCAGAGGAACUGUGAAACCUGCAACGGUUGGCAGGCAUUGCGGUGUACCUUGUGCAAAGGAUCAGGGAGGGUGCACUACCAAGUGAAAAAUUACACAUUGAAAAGUGGGGAGAGGGAAACGGCUGAAUGUGUUGCAGAUGCUAUUGCUGACAGUCGUGCUGAGUUGGUUCAUCUUCCAUCUGCCAUAAAUCUUCAUACACCAUUGCCGUCUAAAGACUGCCUGACCUGUGAUGGCACGGGUGUAAUGAGCUGUCCUGAGUGCAAAAACAAAUUACAAGUCAGAAUCUCUGCAGAUGAUAUAAUGGAGCCUCCCUGGAAAGCCUACAAUGUUAUGAAGAAGAUGGACUACCCUUAUGAGCAUAUAGUUGACAGCAUGAAAGAUCCCAGCAUUGCUGCAUUUUGGCUAUUUACCUUGCCUCGGGUUGUGGGUGGUUACGACUAUGAUGAUGAUGUCAAACAAAAACUUUGGUGGCAAUACAAGGAAUCUAUGCGGUAUGAUCAACUUCGUGAUGUGGUGGCCAAGCGAAAACCUGGCUGGGAGCACUUGCAGGAAGCCUUGAUCUCCAUAGAUCCUGCUCGUGCAAGGGAUGAUCCUGUUAUUGUAAAAAAUAUCCCUUUCUAUAAAGCGAAGAAGGCACUUGAAGCAGAAGUCAUGAAACUAAAUCCUCCAGCAAGGCCACAAAAUUGGGGUGAACUGGACCUUCCAUUGGAUGCAUCUUCCUGGAGCAAGGAGGAUCUCAAAGAUCCUGGAAAGUUUUAUGAAAUGACCGUUCUUCUUAAUGCUCAGCGAGAAAUCGCUGACAAAAUUUUGGAUGCACAAUGGGAGACUAAAUGGCGUCAAGAAAAGUUGAAUGAGAUGUUGGCGGAGAAGGUACGGCCAUACAUGCAGAAGAUCGACAGUGGGACCCUCUCUCAGCCUAUUAUACUACCACCACAAGAACAGAAUCAGAAGAGGAGCCGACAACGGAGAUGGUGGUUCUUUUAAUGAUCUUCCAGCUAUUUUUGUGACUGAAAAACGUGGAUCGGCUCUUCUUGCUGUUAUUACGUAUAAUUUGGUUGAACUACAUUUUUCCUGCUUGUGUGUAUUGUUUAGUUCAUUUCCCUCCAUACAGCUCUUCUUAAUCUGUUCCAAUUUUGAGGCUAGUGGGACAUUGAUUGAUGUAAAUGAGAAGCAAAUAACUAUCUUGUCAAAGUGACGGUGCGUCUCAGAAUUUGUAAGAAAGAAAAUCUUCGAAUAGUUCAAAUUCAAAUAUGGAAGUCCAGUCCAAUGCCUUAAUGCCUUAUCAACAUGGCACAACACUAUUGGAUCCCAAACUUUCUUUUGAAACAGAAAGGAUCACAUAGUCAAUCAAGUGAAAUGCCUCGGAGGUUCAGCAAUCACAAGGGUUGAGACUCAAAGAGCAUAGCAGGUGUGUGUACACAUGCCAUGUGUAUUAGGUCUAUUGGCCUUUCGAAAGCUUUCUCGGUCGAACUUCAGAAUGUCAGAGACUUCCCACGAGAUUGUUUAUUUGAUGAAUAUCAUUGUCUUGUUGAAUAGGGGUUUCCUUGAGGAAUAUGCAACUGGAAACAUAUCAGGAACUUUCCUUACAUUAUCAAGGUGUUCAGAAUAAUUUUUGGAUUUACGCACAGCUCAUAAAAUUGAUUUGACAUUUUAUCGAAAAUGCCAUGUUGCAUGUUGAAGAAGAAAAUCAA